UUCUCCCAGAAAAUAUGUGGUUUAAACAUAAGCCAGAUUUUAUCGCGAAUGAGUCAGAGCCUGAACGUUACCAUUGGAGCGGAACUGAUUUCGGUACAACAAAGUUCAAGGUGCUUGAUAAUAAAGGCUAG